UCGCGGUCCUCCCGGCAGCGGCUGCUCCAGUCGCGGGACAGGAUGUUCUCCAAGUUCACCUCCAUCCUGCAGCACGCCGUGGAGGCGCUCGCACCUUCCCUUCCAUUACAAGAAGAUUUUGUUUACCACUGGAAAGCAAUCACCCAUUACUACAUAGAGACGUCAGAUGACAAAGCUCCUGUGACUGAUACCAACAUUCCUUCUCACCUGGAACAGAUGUUGGAUAUUCUAGUUCAAGAAGAAAAUGAGAGGGAAUCAGGCGAAACAGGACCAUGUAUGGAAUAUUUGCUACAUCACAAGAUUUUGGAGACGCUCUACACACUAGGAAAAGCUGAUUGUCCUCCAGGAAUGAAACAGCAAGUUUUGGCUUUUUAUACAAAACUUCUUGGAAGAAUACGGCAACCUCUUCUUCCCCACAUAAAUGUGCAUAGGCCAGUGCAGAAAUUAAUCAGGCUGUGUGGUGAAGUUCUGGCAACACCAACAGAAAAUGAAGAAAUUCAAUUUCUCUGUAUAGUAUGUGCAAAGCUGAAACAGGAUCCAUACCUGGUAAACUUCUUCCUUGAGAGUAAGUUAAAAGCAAUGGCUUCCAAAGGAUCAGCAAGCGUAAUCACAGAAGACAUGCUAAAAGGCCAAGACUCUUUGACAACAGACACGGGACAGCCUGUUCAGCCUGAAGAAAUACCUAGUGCUGCUGGAGCGGAGCAAAUGGAGAAGGAAGAUGACCUCCCGCAACAGGCAGAUGAUCUCUCUUUCAGUCUGGAUGAACUAAAUGUCACAUCAUCACCCGAGUCCUCCACUGUUUGUCCAAAUCAGGACUAUAAUUUAGUGAAUUCUCUACUAAACCUCACUAAAAGUCCUGACGGCCGGAUAGCGGUGAAGGCCUGUGAAGGCCUCAUGCUUUUGGUGAGUUUGCCAGAACCAGCAGCUGCCAAGUGCCUGACUCAAAGCACUUGUUUAUGUGAAUUGUUGACAGACAGGCUGGCCACCCUCUACAAAGCCCUGCCUCAGUCACUGGAUCCUUUAGACAUUGAAACAGUGGAGGCAAUUAACUGGGGUUUGGAUUCCUAUAGCCACAAAGAAGAUGCAUCUGCUUUUCCAGGGAAAAGAGCGUUGAUUUCGUUUCUUUCAUGGUUUGACUACUGUGAUCAACUCAUCAAAGAAGCACAAAAGACUGCUGCUGUUGCUAUGGCAAAAGCUGUGAGGGAACGAUUUUUCAUUGAUAUUAUGGAACCCCAGCUGAUGCAAACUUCAGAGAUCGGAAUCCUCACAUCAACUGCACUAUUGCAUCGCAUUGUUCGUCAAGUGACUUCAGAUGUCCUGCUGCAGGAAAUAGUUUAUUUUAUACUUGGAGAACACAGAGAGCCAGAAACUUUGACAGACAUCAACAGACAUCCAUUGCGACACAGGUUAAUUGAACACUGUGAUCAUAUUUCUGAUGAGAUCAGCAUAAUGACUUUACGAAUGUUUGAGCACCUUUUGCAAAAACCCAAUGAGCACAUUCUUUAUAAUUUGGUUCUGAGAAAUUUAGAAGAAAGAAACUAUAUGGAAUACAAGCCUCUCUGUCAAGAAGAUAAAGAUGUGGUAGAGAAUGGACAGAUUGCAGGAGCAGUAGACCUAGAGGAAGAUCCGUUAUUUACUGAUCUGUCUCCAGAUAACACAUUGUCAACUCAAGAGUGGCUCAGUGCUUCUCCACCUGUCAGUCCAGAACAUCCAAAAAAUGAUGGAAAGACUGAAGUUCAUAAAAUUGUAAAUAGUUUUCUCUGUCUUGUACCUGAUGAAGCUAAGUCAUCAUACCACGUGGAGGGUACAGGUUACGAUACUUACCUCAGAGAUGCCCACAGACAAUUCCGGGAUUAUUGUGUCAUCUGCUUACGGUGGGAGUGGCCCGGAUCUCCCAGAUCUUUGGAAAAGUGCAAUUUAGAAGCAUCAUUUUUUGAAGGGCACUUCUUGAAAGUCCUCUUUGAAAGAAUGGGCAGGAUUCUUGAUCAGCCCUAUGAUGUAAAUUUACAAGUUACGUCAGUGUUGUCCAAACUGUCCUUGUUUCCCCAUCCUCAUAUACAUGAAUACCUUUUGGAUCCUUAUGUAAACCUAGCUUCUGGCUGCAGGUCUCUCUUCUCUGUUAUUGUCAGGGUCGUUGGGGACCUCAUGGUUAGAAUCCAGCGCAUCCCAGAUUUCACUCCCAAACUUCUGCUGGUCAGAAAACGCCUGCUGGGCUUGGAGCCGGAAGGGCCCAUCAUUGACCACAUGACGUUACUAGAGGGCGUGAUUGUGCUGGAAGAAUUCUGCAAAGAGCUGGCAGCAAUUGCAUUUGUGAAGUAUCAUGCCUCAUCUACACCAUAAGCAGCCUUGAUGAGUAGCCAGGCUGUAAAACCACCUAGCUUGUUUCAGUCGAAAAGACUAUUGACAACACCCAGAUAAGAAGAGGUGGUGCCUCCUGGCAAAGUGUCAGUUGACAUUUGGCAGAAUUGGAAGGCAAGUUACUUUCGCCAGAUGUUGACAUUGCAAGAGAGAGGGGUUCAAAUGGACCUGGAAUAUGAUUGAAGGCAUUUUGGCAGAAACCAAUACAUAGCAUUUCUAGCCACUGUGUGAAGAGCUGCAAAAGCUUCAUGAAGAACCACAGACAUCAGACCUUGGUUAUUCUGUUAUAACGACAAUAUUUAGAGAGUUGGGUCUUUUGUAUGUUCUGGGGCUCACAUGCGGCAAUUCGCUUUUUGUGACCAUAUUACUUUUAAAAAGCAAAUUAAUUUUGUAACAUUUUUAUGUCUUAAUUCUUUUUCUUUUCAGUUGGAUAUAUGAAAGGAAAUCACAACUAUAGCUUCAAUGUAUAUUAUUAAAAAUGAAGAGGUUCAAAAAAUCCACCAAUCCAUAUACAGUAGGAUAUAUUAAUGAGGGAUCAUUUUUGUUUUGGUGAAUCUUAAAGACAACUCUGAGCUUGAUUCCCCAAUGGAUUACUCCAACAAAUAUAUCAGUAUAAAAUCAAUACUAAUGGAAUUAAUCCUGAUUCAGCAUCUCAUCCAUAACAAAUAUAUCUGAAGUGUACAUGUUUCUAGCAUGUUUGUCUUUGUCAUUCCAAGUGAUUGCUCUUCAGGUCAUCUGCGUAACUAGAUUUGCUUUAGGUUUUUGCCUGUGAACUCUAGUUGCUUGACUCACGUCACCUUUACAGGGAAGUUAAUUAUAGGUCAUUAGCAGUUGUUGCUGAAACAGUAUUUUUAAUUUCUUUUAAAUUGGUAUUUAGCCUGAAUUGGUUUAAGAAUCUUUUGUGCCUUGAAAAUUGGCAACAUAAACAUUCUGUCAUUUUUAGAAAUGUUUUUAUUGCUUAUCUAACCAUAGCAGUAGUGCCCAGCAAAAGAUUGACUGAUGCCAAUUCAGUUAAAGCGUUGAUACCGUAUAUAGGACCAAAACUUGUGCCUGCUUUGCAUAGUGCUGGGAUGCAGAAAUGUCUCUCAGUGAAUCUUUUUCAAUAUGAAUACUAUCAGCCAGGGCAGGCAUUUGCAUUGCAAGCGGAGGGCCAUUCGGACUUCAGCAUGUUUUGCUUCUAUUUCUCUAGCGUGAUGGCAGCCUGCACUUCAGGAAGUUCUUGCUGCUCACUGCCACAUAUGCACUGGCCGGUUCAGGUGGCUGUUCUUUAACCUUCAAGUCACACUGAGUGACUUGGAUGAGAGACCUGUCCUGCUCUCUGCACCACUGUGUAGCACCUCUUUCCACUCCUAUGAACGUAAUAGCAUAGGCAGGCAAGGUAGAAUUUAGCUCCUUGUGUUUACAUUGUAUUUCUUUGUUUGUCUUUCCUACUAUCCUGUUUGCACAGCUAAUGCCCAUUUCAGAUAUGAUUGCUCAUACGCAAAUAUGGACUAAUUUACUCAGUCACAAGAAUUUUUCUGGAUUUACAUGACUGUACCUAGAAUCAGAUUCUUCUCCGAAUCCAUGCCUUUGAGGUCGUGUUUUUUAAUAUUUAUGGAACCUGGAUGUUGAGAGGCCUUUUAAGUUAGCAGGUUAAUUAGAACAGUGUCACAGUUAAUGGGCUAAAUUUAUUCUUGUCACAACAGUGAAGAGCUGUCCUGCUGUAAAAGCUUCCAGUACAGGUUCAGCUGGAGAGAGCAGUUCUGGAACUGGGGAAACCUUUUGGCAGGUAAAACCUGUAUUCAGUGGCUCCCUGUACUGGGAGGCUUUUGUACAAAGCGUUGCAUUUAUCUGGCAAGCAAAAGCAUGUUUUACAUCCUCACCUUUUUUUUUCUGAAUUUAGCCCCAAAGUGGUUUCAGGUCAAAGUAGCAUAGUAGGAUAAAGUUUAAAAAAAUGACUCUUUUUUCAUUUUUGUUCUUUAGAAACAUACUUUGAAAGUAGCAAAUAAUUUUUAGUGAUACAUAUUGCAGUCAGUCCAUAUUAGAAGCUUCGUUAAUGUAACAUACCUGACACAUAGUUUAGAACGUGUAAAUGUCUAUGCAGAGUGAUGUUUAAUACAUACAUUUGUUAUAAAUCAGGUCCCAAUUCAGCAAAGCAGUUAAACAUAAGCUUAAUUUCAAGAAUUUUAUUCCUAAAUCACAAUCUUUCACAUGAACAAAGUCAAGCUGUUGAGCACAAAUGGUGAUGCUUUACUGAAUUUGGGUCUUUGUUGGUUUUGCUUGAGCUUAAUUACUUUUUCCUCAAAUCUUCUAUUUUCAUUAUUUAUUUUUUUUAAAGUGUAUGUUCCAGAAUACUUCUAAUGUCCCAAUUUCAGUGGAAACUGGAAGUGAUAAUACGACUAUAAAUGAAAGUGAGAGAAAUGUUAAACAAAACUUGCAAGAGCAUUCCAAGUAAUAUAACAAUUUAUAAAGCCAUUCAAGAGAUGCCUGAUCUCAAAUGAAAGCAUUAACAUCACCUCUUUUGUUGUUGUUGUUGUUUUCACUGAUACCUGAGCUCAUUACACCGUAAGGAAUUGUAUCAGUCAGCUUCUGGAAGGACUGCUGCAACCUCUGUGGCAUUUUAAUGCAAAACAGUUUACCAAGCUGCAAACACAAUUCCUUCAAGCUUGUCCAUGAGAAAAUUAAGUAGAUAUAAGCACUCUUAAAUUAAGUCAGGAUCUAAUUGUUCGGUCUCCAGCAACAUUGGUGAUGUUCUGGCAAACCAAAUGUUAUUUAGUUGAUAAAUGAUAAAUUUAAAUUUAUCCAUGAUAAAUUUGUCCAUGAUAAAGACGUGGAUCCAUCCUGAUAGAAGUGAAGCAAUCCUCAAAGUUGCUUUAGCCUAAACUGCUUUUGUGAGUGCUGCCUACAAACCCUUAAUUACCAUACAUGAUGACAAUGACCUUUAUUUUUGUAAAAGUGAUUUAAUCUUCCUUAAGAGAUGGAACUCAUUUAAUUAUUUUUUGUGGUGAUAUUUUUCAUGCACUUUUUUUUAAAAAAAAAAAAAGGUUAGAAGUUAGUUCAGGUCCAUGUUUUCACCUUUCUGAUCUAUGCAUGUCAUUGAGGUGCCCAUUUUGUUUCUGUGUGCGUGUGUUUGUAUGUGGUUAUUUAUUACCCAGAGAUGGACACCUGAGAACAUAUAUGGCCUGAAGUUCACAGCAUAUGCAGAUCCUCCAGAUAUCAGUGGGAAAUGCAAGUGCUUAUCACCUUAGAAAAUAUGGCCACUAGUAUUAGAGUGAAAUACUUGAGAGGUAAUACUAGAAUAAUUUUUUAUUUCAAAAAGCAGAUCCAAACCACAUUUUAAUCCUGAUGCACAUGUGUGUAAAUAGACACAUUUUUUACUUUUUUUUCCAUUUAUAGUAUGUAUUUGAUUUAGACUCCGAUAUAGAAAAUUUUGUAAUAAGCCAUGUGCUAGCUCUGGUAGAACAAGUUUGUCCUUAGUUUCUCAUAUGACUGUAAUAUUCCUGGUAUUCAGAUCCUGUCUGUGUAAUGUUCUUACUAUGUAUUUGUCUGUGCAAUAUAAAAGCUGUGACUCGAUACACAGCUUGAGUCUGGUUGUACAUCACCUAUGUAUAUAUAUACAUAUAUAUAUAUAUAUAUAAAAAAAAGGACCAGAAUCCCGAGCUUGCUUACACUACGAUUAGUGUAAAGAUUGUCACACUUGAUUUUACAGGGCACAAGUAAUCAUGGAAUGGCUUUGUAAAUGCAUGGUAAUUUCUACCAUAACCUGCUGUGUAAUUUCACAGAUGGCAUUUUAUUAUUGCUAUUUGUCUUGCUAAAAGAAAUACUAAAUCGAAGUGCUAGGUAAAAUCGAAGGAUUAUGUAGUAGACUUGGGGCUACAUGGAAAAUCCAUAUCUGAUAUUGCGUAUCAUACACGGUUUUCAAACCAUGAUCCUGAAUGCUUUCUGUGCCCUGUAAAAUAGUGUAACUAUAUAAAAUAUAUAUUCUUUGUUUUGCCUCCUGCCUUGUUUACAUUAAACAGAGGAUAUUCAGUAAAAUUUUUCUAUUAAACUUUGUGUAGGUCACUUACUGACAGUGUUGCCAAGGUUUCACAAGUGUGGGACUUCCAAUGAGGAAUUGUUGAAACAGCCACAUUACCAGACAUACAAUAUUAAGUUUUAUGAAGGAGGUUGUGAUAAAUUCCAACUUUUUGUGCUAAAAAAUGCAUGGAGGAUUAAAAGGGAUAUUCUCAAAAUAAAUUAAUU